AUGUCUGCAGCAUUCACACCUGAAGAACUCUUUCGUAAAAAACUCGAUGCAAUACUUCCUUCUCAUUACAAUCUGGACAAGGAAAAGCAUGAAGUAACACUUGUUGAAGUUGUAAUAAUGCUUGUCCAUGCACAAGCUGUUACCGAACUUGUUGGACUAAUUGGAAAUAGUCGAACAUAUUAUACUUUACUUUUGCCUCCUACAACUGAUCGAGGUCCUGAUGCUUCCGUUGUUCUCGCUACAAGGUACGUUCAGCUAGUGAUACCGAGAAUUAUAACCACGAAAAAAUAUGUGGAAGCCGGUGUUAAAGUAGCAUUGGAAGUUUUACAGUGGAAGUAUUUUGCAGUCAAUCAAGAAGCAGCAAAAGAAGCAGCUUAUAAAUACUUAUCGAAUAUAAUUAUGUCUUCGGAAAUGCAUGAAAGGACCCUUCAGGUUAUAAGAGAAAAGUUGAAUACGAACCACCGGAAACGCAAAUGA